GCUGAAAACUGCCUGUGGAUCCUGAAUCAGAAAGGAGAUGAUAAACAACAACAACAACACCAACUCUCAGCCUGACUCUGACCGCUGCAUCUCUCUGACACAUUUAGUCUAAAGCAGCUGGACGUGUGUCUGUGUGUGGGGGUUGGUUUUUUUUAUUUCCUUUACUUAGACAAGUUGUUGGGAACUUUUUUUUUCCGGAGUUGGAGCAGGAGUUUGGUUUCCAGUCUGACCUGCAUUGCAACAAAACCCCGCUGCUUCUUCUGUCGCUGCUGCUGCUGCUGGAGGGGAAAAAAACAACAUCCACAAGGCCGGAGAGAGUCUGUGUGGACGGAACUAUGGAGAUCCUGGACAGUAGUGAACCGUUCCUACACUGGGACAGGAACCUCAGCGAGCUGUCUGAGGCCGGAGAGAUCGACUCUGUGCUCUACACCAAUCACUUCUCUGAGCUCCUCGACGACCUGUCCCAGGAUGCUUUGUUGGGACAGCUGCUUAGCGACCCCUUUCUUUCCGGGGUGAGGGACGGCGUGGAGGCCAUGGAGGGCGAGCACGGAUGUGACCUGUCCCCGUCGUCCCCUCUUCCCCCUCACAUCACGGCCGAGCACAGCUACUCUCUCUGCGGUGACAGCCGACCACAGUCGCCCCUGUCGCACCUGACCGGAGAGCAAGGCAGCGAAGCAGCAGAGUCAGAUGGGGAUUCAGCUGAGUGGCCCAUGGAGCAGGAGGAACCUAUUGACAGCCUCCUGUGUGAGACUCCCUCCCUCCUCCCCACCCUCUCCCUGUCUCUGGCCUCUAGCGAGGGGCCCCAAGCACCUGAGGGCCCUGCUGGGACCCCUGCCACCCCAGCUCAGACCACAGUCAGCAGCCACAACCAGGGCAAGGUGAAGAUAAAAGAAGAGAAUAUCAUCCCUCAGAUUAAACUGGAACCUCAUGAAGUGGACCAGUUUCUCAAUCUUUCCCCCAAAGGUCUGGAGCCUCUGCAGAUGCCUCCCACUCCUCCCAGUUCCCACGGCAGUGACUCAGAGGGCAGCCAGAGCCCCGUCCACGCCCCGCCCGGCCUCUCCUGCCCCACCUCCCCCACCAGCCCCUCUCCAUCCCAGGCCAGCCUGAAGGUGUCGCCUCGUGCUGCCUCCUCCUUGUCCAACUCCCCUCUGCUCACCGCUCCUCACAAGCUGCAGGGGUCUGGACCGCUGAUCCUGACUGAGGAGGAGCGUCGCACCCUGGUGGCUGAAGGUUACCCUGUUCCCACCAAACUGCCGCUCACCAAAGCCGAGGAGAAGGCGCUGAAGAAGAUCCGCAGGAAAAUCAAGAACAAGAUUUCAGCUCAGGAGAGUCGCAGGAAGAAGAAGGAGUACAUGGACACUCUGGAGAAGAAGGUGGAGACCUGCUCUAACGAAAACAACGAACUACGCAGGAAAGUGGAAACUCUGGAGUGUACAAACAAGUCUCUGCUGCAGCAGCUGCAGUCUCUGCAGGCGGUGGUGGCAGGCAAAGUCCCCAAGUCCUGCAGGGUCGCUGGCACCCAGACAUCAUCAUGCCUAAUGGUGGUCGUGUUGUGUUUCGCUCUGUUCUUGGGGAGCUUUUACCCCAGCAGUCUGACUCCGUGCUCCACCAUCACUGAAACAGGCCUCGCAUCCAAACAGCUGGCUGUCAAAGAGUCCUACACAGCCACAGUUAAGUCGAGGAAUCUGUUAUCAACCUUCGAAGACGAGCAGCCACACCUGCUCGGUCUGGGCGGCGAGUAUCCCGACCAAUGGGAGGACACGCCAGCCGUCGUCAUGGCAGCGUGGCGUCACUCAGAGCAGCAAAAGCUGGGGAUGGAGCCCGGCAGGGUGGAAACACUCCCACCUUUCAGGAGUAAAAACAAUGAUACGCAGACACAGAAAAACCUGCUGCUGGACCUGCACAGGUCUCUGGAGCAGAGGGCGAAUGAGAGCAGCAGUAAAGUGAUAGAGCUGGAGCGAACGGUCAACGAGACCUCCUGAGGUUGACGUCAACACCCCCUCAUACCCACCCACCCCCAUGAUGACCUUUGACCCCACCCCACCCCCUCUAGAGCAUGGUUCAGUGUCCUGGAGCAAACCUCAUACAGUAGUUCCCACUGGUGAUUAUUUAAGGUCAUUUUUUUCUGCCAUUUCUGCUUAAUCAGAUACACUGUGAUAGUAAUAAUAAUUAUUAUUAUUAAUAAUAAUAAUAAUAAUGAUUAAAAAAGGGCACUGGUUGCCUUAAUUUUUGAAGUAAAAGUUGCACUGAAUAGUUUUUACAUGAGUCAACUUACCAGUUUUAGUUGUCUUAAUUGACCCGGCCUGAAACACUGUUAAAAAAAAAAUCACAUUCAGAUAAAUUUAAACAGAUCUAGAGAAUAUUGUAGUGUUGCAUUUAUUCCAGUGGAAAGUGUCUUAAAAUAUGACGUGAGGCUUUUUACAGGACACUGACGAGGACCUCUGUAUUUAUAGAAAGCUUUUUUGUUUGUUUGUUUCUCUUUUUAGUUGUAUUUCUUUUAAUAUUAAAUGUUUUUAUUCAAUUCCAGUAAUGCAUUCAUCACAUUUUGAUACUUUUUUGUGUUCAUACUGUAUUUUUUGUGAUUUAUUUUAUUAUAUUCUUUUAUAUAUUGUUCAUUUGUCUACAUCUGACUCAUGCAUCGAGGGUUUAGGUCGGGGUUCCUGUGCUCAUUUGGAAAAUCGGAGAUGUUUCUAAAUGAAUAUUGAGAGAUGUCUAAAAACUGACUGCAAAAGAAUGAGAAAAUGUUGUUUAGUUUUAAAUGAUGCAGAUCAGCUGCUUUCAUGCAGUUGAAGACCAAAUGUCAUUUCACAUAUGUCAACACACCUAUAAACACCAUAUUUGGGAUGUUUACAGGUGGGCCCAUCAAUCGGCAGCUUCAGUAAGAUUCACAUUCACUCCCAGUUUUUCACAGGAAAUACUGACUGUAAUUUUGAAAUCCAGUCAAAAAUGAAUGUUUGCAAAAAGAAAAAGUGGAUUAUUCUUUCCCCAGAUGCUCAUAUUUGAUAUGUGGGGGCCCUGCGAGCAAUGCUUCAGGCAUUUGGACUUAGUUCUGUCUGUGUGACGGUCACUGUGUGCAAAUCAGGAGUCAGUAUUUGAGAUGUUUUGGUCAUUAAAUGCAUCAGUCAAGAGCAGUCAAGUAGCAAACCACACCAUUUUCAAAUUAUUCCUUUAAAAGUGUUUGAAUGGAAAUUUUUAAAAUGUGCGAUGGAACCACAGAUUUCUCCUGCACUUGCUUUUUUUUUCUUUGGACCGUUAAUCCCCGAUUUGCACACCCUCACUGUCAGCUCCAAGAGUCUUUAUCUGCUAUUUUUCAGCAUUUGCCAAAAAUAUUUCUUCCCAGAAAUGAAAAAAAAAAGUAUCUAUUUUUGUAAAUAUAAGUUGUUAAUAAAUAGGUAAGUCUAAAUGUGUCUGGGAUCUGUAGUUUAUGAACCAAUCCAUAAUUCAUUCCGAGUCUAUUUUGGAUCCUGUGUUGAUUGAUAAAUUAUGAACAUGAGAGGCCUCAGCUUCAGGGUUUGUCUCAACUCGCCCUAAAGUCUUAACUGUUCACAUCACGUGUCUUACAGGUGACGUUUUAAAUGUCUGAGCUUUACUGAAACAUGUUCUUUCAUGUAUGUUACAGACCAAACCAGACACGAGGCCUGUUCACUUUCUGCACAUGCACACUGUAAAUAGGAACAGUCGCCCAUUUGAUAGUUGAAAGUUGCAUUUUAGAACUGAAUCAGACUUCCAUCUUAAAUUGAUCCCAUCCCGGUUUAGGGAUGAGAACAUAAGAUUUGUAUAUGUAGGUCUCAUAUUUUAAGCUUCAGUGGCUGUAUCAUCGAAGAUUUACUGUCAGACCUGUAUGUUGUUAGGAUGCAUUUUCUCCACUGUAUCUUAGUGUAAAGAAGCCAAAGCUACAAUUUCUUCCUCACUGCUGAGUCUGUAAAAUAAGAUAAGACACUGAUUCUUAUUUUGAAAUUUUCAUGAACAGUCCUCUUCUACUGAAGUCUGAAACCACAGCAGCCAGAGAGCGUUUUUCCAAAUCAGAUUUCAUUUGGAUGUUGCUUCUGAGUAAAGUCAGCCUGACUUAGGCCUUCUGUCUUUUUUGCUUUCAAAUGAAUAAAGUAUUUUCCUUAGUAAA